AUGGGCCAUGGGGCCGGCCGUGAGUACUCGCCUGCAGCCACCACUGCAGAGAAUGGGGGCGGCAAGAAGAAGCAGAAGGAGAAGGAACUGGAUGAGCUGAAGAAGGAGGUGGCCAUGGACGACCACAAGCUGUCCUUGGAUGAGCUGGGCCGCAAAUACCAAGUGGACCUAUCCAAGGGCCUCACCAACCAGCGGGCCCAGGACAUUCUGGCUCGGGAUGGGCCCAAUGCCCUCACCCCGCCCCCGACAACCCCUGAGUGGGUCAAGUUCUGUCGCCAGCUUUUCGGGGGCUUCUCCAUCCUGCUGUGGAUCGGGGCCAUCCUCUGCUUCUUGGCCUACGGCAUCCAGGCUGCCAUGGAGGAUGAACCAUCCAACGACAACCUCUAUCUGGGCGUGGUGCUGGCAGCUGUGGUCAUCGUCACCGGCUGCUUCUCCUACUAUCAGGAGGCCAAGAGCUCCAAGAUCAUGGAUUCCUUCAAGAACAUGGUGCCUCAGCAAGCCCUUGUGGUGCGGGAAGGAGAGAAGAUGCAGAUCAACGCAGAGGAGGUGGUGGUGGGAGAUCUGGUGGAGGUGAAGGGAGGGGACCGCGUGCCGGCAGACCUCCGGAUCAUCUCUUCUCAUGGCUGCAAGGUGGAUAACUCAUCUCUAACGGGCGAGUCAGAGCCCCAGACCCGCUCCCCCGAGUUCACCCAUGAGAACCCCCUGGAGACCCGCAACAUCUGCUUCUUCUCUACCAACUGUGUGGAAGGCACGGCCAGGGGCAUCGUGAUCGCCACAGGUGACCGGACGGUGAUGGGCCGCAUUGCCACCCUGGCCUCGGGCCUGGAGGUGGGGCGGACGCCCAUCGCCAUGGAGAUCGAGCACUUCAUCCAGCUGAUCACAGGCGUGGCCGUGUUCCUGGGGGUCUCUUUCUUCGUGCUCUCCCUCAUCCUGGGCUACAGCUGGCUGGAGGCUGUCAUCUUCCUCAUCGGUAUCAUCGUGGCCAAUGUGCCCGAGGGGCUGCUGGCCACCGUCACCGUGUGUCUGACCCUGACCGCCAAGCGCAUGGCGCGGAAGAACUGCCUGGUGAAGAAUCUGGAGGCAGUGGAGACGCUGGGCUCCACCUCCACCAUCUGCUCCGACAAGACGGGCACCCUCACCCAGAACCGCAUGACCGUCGCCCACAUGUGGUUCGACAACCAGAUCCACGAAGCUGACACCACGGAAGAUCAGUCUGGGGCCACUUUCGACAAACGGUCUCCCACGUGGACGGCCCUGUCUCGGAUCGCCGGUCUCUGCAACCGUGCUGUCUUCAAGGCCGGGCAGGAGAACAUCUCUGUGUCUAAGCGGGACACGGCCGGCGACGCCUCUGAGUCAGCUCUGCUCAAGUGCAUCGAGCUGUCCUGCGGCUCCGUGAGGAAGAUGAGGGACAGAAACCCCAAGGUGGCGGAGAUUCCUUUCAAUUCUACCAACAAGUACCAGCUGUCCAUCCAUGAGCGAGAAGACAGCCCCCAGAGCCACGUGCUGGUGAUGAAGGGGGCCCCGGAGCGCAUCCUGGACCGCUGCUCCACCAUCCUGGUGCAGGGCAAGGAGAUCCCUCUGGACAAGGAGAUGCAAGAUGCCUUUCAGAACGCCUACAUGGAGCUGGGCGGGCUGGGGGAGCGUGUGCUGGGGUUUUGUCAACUGAAUCUGCCCUCUGGGAAGUUUCCUCGGGGCUUCAAGUUUGACACGGACGAGCUGAACUUCCCCACGGAGAAGCUCUGCUUCGUGGGGCUCAUGUCCAUGAUCGACCCUCCCCGGGCUGCCGUGCCAGACGCCGUGGGCAAGUGCCGCAGUGCCGGCAUCAAGGUGAUCAUGGUGACCGGGGACCACCCCAUCACAGCCAAGGCCAUCGCCAAGGGUGUGGGCAUUAUAUCAGAAGGCAACGAGACCGUGGAGGACAUUGCAGCCCGGCUCAACAUUCCCGUCAGCCAGGUCAACCCCAGAGAAGCCAAGGCGUGCGUGGUGCACGGCUCCGACCUGAAGGACAUGACGGCGGAGCAGCUGGACGAGAUCCUCAAGAACCACACGGAGAUCGUGUUCGCGCGGACGUCCCCGCAGCAGAAGCUCAUCAUCGUGGAGGGCUGUCAGAGGCAGGGGGCCAUUGUGGCGGUGACCGGGGACGGCGUGAACGACUCCCCCGCGCUGAAGAAGGCUGACAUUGGCAUCGCCAUGGGCAUCUCGGGCUCUGACGUGUCGAAGCAGGCCGCCGACAUGAUCCUGCUGGACGACAACUUCGCCUCCAUCGUCACGGGCGUGGAGGAGGGCCGCCUCAUCUUCGACAACCUGAAGAAAUCCAUCGCGUACACCCUGACCAGCAACAUCCCCGAGAUCACCCCCUUCCUGCUCUUCAUCAUCGCCAACAUCCCCCUGCCUCUGGGCACCGUGACCAUCCUCUGCAUUGACCUGGGCACUGACAUGGUCCCCGCCAUCUCCUUGGCCUACGAGGCAGCAGAGAGCGACAUCAUGAAGCGACAGCCGAGGAACCCCCAGACGGACAAGCUGGUGAAUGAGAGGCUCAUCAGCAUGGCCUACGGACAGAUCGGGAUGAUCCAGGCGCUGGGGGGCUUCUUCACCUACUUCGUCAUCCUGGCGGAGAAUGGUUUCCUGCCGUCGAGGCUGCUGGGAAUCCGCCUGGACUGGGAUGACCGGUCCAUGAACGAUCUGGAGGACAGCUACGGGCAAGAGUGGGUGCGUGGGGUGGUGGAGUUCACCUGCCACACAGCCUUCUUUGCCAGCAUUGUGGUCGUGCAGUGGGCCGACCUCAUCAUCUGCAAGACCCGGCGCAACUCAGUCUUCCAGCAGGGCAUGAAGAACAAGAUUCUGAUUUUUGGGCUGCUGGAGGAGACGGCCCUGGCGGCCUUCCUGUCCUACUGCCCCGGCAUGGGGGUGGCCCUCCGCAUGUACCCGCUCAAGGUCACCUGGUGGUUCUGCGCCUUCCCCUACAGCCUCCUCAUCUUCCUCUAUGACGAGGUCCGGAAGCUCAUCCUGCGACGGUACCCCGGCGGCUGGGUGGAGAAGGAGACGUAUUACUGA